AUGGCAGAAGCGGCUCCAAGUAACCAGGACCUUUUUACAUGUCCGGUUUGCCUUGAUAUUCUGAAUUAUCCGGUAACUAUUCUCUGUGGACACACUUACUGUAUGGGCUGCAUUACGAGCUGCUGGGAUCGGGAAGAUCAGAAGGGAGUCUACAGCUGCCCCCAGUGCAGACAGACGUUCACCCCAAGACCCGUUUUGAACAAAAAUAAUAUUGUUGCUGAACUUGUGGAACAGAUCAAGAAGACCAGAAUCCAAGCUGCUGCUCCUGUUGCAUGUACUGCUGGACCUGGAGAUGUGGAGUGUGACGUCUGCACUGGGAGAAAACUCAAAGCUGUGAAGUCCUGUCUGGAUUGUCUGUUGUCUUACUGCAAAACUCACUUCAAAGUUCACAAUGAUGUCAACCCCGGAAGAAAACACUCAGUUAUUGAUGCCACAGGCCAGCUACAAGAGAGGAUCUGCUCUCAUCAUAAGAAGGUUUUUGAAAUAUUUUGUCGAACCGAUCAGAGUUGUAUCUGCUAUCUGUGCACGAUGGACAAACAUAAAGGCCAUGACACAGUCUCAGCUGCAGCAGAACGGACAAACAAACAGAGGCAGUUGGGGCAGACCCAGAGGAGAUUCCAGCAGAGAAUCCAGGAGAGAGAGAAGGAGCUGCAGGAGCUGAGGAAGGCUGUGGAGACUCUCAAGGUGAGAACUGACCACAUAAGACAACAGCUGGCUCAGCAAUCACUCGUUAUUGUGUUAUCACGGUUAUGCUGCCAUCUCUACAUGAUACAGACCAUCACAGAAAUACAUGGUUUGGCAGGAUUUACCCUUGGUCAUUUGAUCAAGAAGAGCCAGUCACACCACGAGUGAGUUUGCUCCUUCACUUACCUCUGUGUGUCUCCUGUCCCCCUCCUCUUUGUGU